GUGCAGAAACUGGAACUCAGAGAGAUUAGAAGAAAUAGUGCAUCAUGGUCAAGCUCUGGGGCUUUGAAGUUCCAAUAACUGGUUGGGAUCUUAGUUCUGCCUCUCACCAACUGCACAUCCCUGGAUUGUGCCUGCAGCCUGGCCUGUUGCCCACAGCGGUCUACCUGCCACACUGGGAAAGAUCGAGCAGAGACAGAGAAGAAAAGGAGGCUCCAUUUUUCAGGCUGCUCUCCCGCAGGCUCAUGUUUUGUGUUCAUGCCAGGCAGAGAACACAAAAUGUUCCAAUAAAUAAGUAUCAAAGGCAAUAUGAAGAACAAGGAAGAGAACCAACUUUAGAGUCGAAAUCCCAGCUCUCUACGGUCUAGAAAGUGAUCGAGCUUUUUCAG